UCUGCAGAGCUCCACAACGCUAAAGACGAGGGCGCAGGGACGAUGGCUUCAGCUGGCCUGGAGAUCCUGGGCAUGAUUCUGUCUGUGGCCGGCUGGCUGGGCGUGAUGGUGGCCUGCUGCUUGCCCAUGUGGCGCGUGGCGGCGUACGUAGGCCAGAACAUUGUGAUCACCCAGGUGGUGUGGGAGGGCCUGUGGAUGAGCUGCGUGGUCCAAAGCACGGGACAGAUGCACUGCCAAAUCUACGACUCCAUGCUCGGGCUACCUGAGGACCUCCAGGCCGCCCGUGCCCUCACCGUGGUCUCAACGUUCGUCGGGGUGGUGGGCAUUUCCCUUGCAGUGGCAGGUGCGAAGUGCACCAACUGCACUUCGGAUGUGUCCAACAAGCCACGCAUCAUGAUGGGGGCCGGAGGGGCGUUCAUUGGGGCCGGCCUGCUUCUGCUGGUGGCCGUGUGCUGGACUGCCAACACCAUUAUCCUGGAAUUCCAUGACCCGAUGCUGCAGGAGACCCAAAAGAGGGAAAGUUCCAGAAUGGUGGCUCAGGGUUUAGAGAUAUUGGGUGUCACUUUGGCGACUCUAGGGUGGAUCGUCGCCCUCAUAUCUUGCAUCUUGCCCAUGUGGAGGGUCACAGCCUUCAUUGGAUCCAACAUCGUGACGGCACAGAUCAUCUGGGAGGGAAUCUGGAUGAGUUGCGUGGUCCAGAGCACCGGACAGAUGCAGUGCAAAAUCUACGACUCCAUGCUGGCUCUUAGUUCGGACCUCCAGGCUGCCCGGGCUCUGUGUGUGAUCUCCAUUGUGUUGGGGGUUCUAGGAGUUUUGGUGUCCGUUGUUGGGGCUAAGUGCACCAACUGCAUUGAGGAGGAAGUGACCAAGGCCAAGGUGAUGAUCGCCGCUGGAGCCACAUUCAUUUGUGCUGCUGUCAUGCAGAUCAUCCCAGUGUCCUGGACUGCCAACGCAAUCAUAAUGAACUUCUACAACCCGGGGGUGACCGAGCCACAGAAACGUGAGAUCGGCGGCUCCCUCUACUUGGGAUGGGCUGCUGCUGCCCUGCUGUUGAUAGGGGGGUCCAUUCUGUGCUGCAGUUGCCCCCCAAAAGAAGAGAAAAGGUACGCACCACCAAGCAGGAUGGUCUACUCAACCACAAGGUCUGUACCCCCCAGCGGCUAUGACAGAAGGGACUAUGUCUAAACCAGAGCUUAGGCUCUCUGGUAAGAGUUUUACUACACUGUACCCGCAUCUGAUCACCCUGAUCCAGAGGAGAAUUACGUUUUUUAACUUUUUGACUUGAGUUGCUUCAAUGUUACGAGACAAUGUUGUGAGCGAAUUUGUUUUGGUCACUGUCAUUGUCCAAAGGUCAUUGGGAAAAGCUGUUUUGUAUAUUUUUCCUGUGGUUGCACAUUAACUGUACAGCAAGAUAACCAUCACAACUGUAAAUAUAUGCUUGUGUUGCAGUUCUUCUCCACUAUUGGGAAAUGGAAUAUGGUUGUUUGUGUGUUAUAUGUUUUUCCCCCCUCGCAAUUUAGGAAUCAACUUAUUUUUGUAAAAAAAAAAAAAGCCAUGGCCAAAUAUAUAUGUGUGUUUUCAGAAUAAUAUACAUUUACCUGUUAAGUAUGGUGUAUUUCACUGUAUAAUAAACAUAACUGUUUCAUAAAA